CAUUUGUACCUAGAAGAUGCCCAUGUUGAUGCUGAAAUCUAGUUCUUGUUUUAUUCAUGAAGUAUUAAGUACUGAAUGCACCAACAUGGCCUGCAGAAGGUGAUCAACCAGACAGAUAAAAAACACCCACAAGGCCACCAAACCAGUGAUAUCACUCUGCAACAGAACAAGAAAUGGAGAGAAUUGGAGAUGUAGUCGUGGUGAAUCCGAAGCCAAGCAAAGGCCUGACGUCGAAAGCUAUCGAUUGGAUUGAGGGUUUGAUAGUUAAGUACAUGUAUGACAGUUCUGUGCCUCAUUACUGGCUUUCGGGUAACUUUGCUCCGGUUGAUGAGACUCCUCCUGCUUCUGAUCUUCCUGUUAUUGGCCUCAUUCCGGAGUGUCUGAAUGGUGAGUUUGUCAGGGUUGGUUCAAAUGCAAAAUUCUCCCCUGUUGCUGGCUAUCACUGGUUCGAUGGAGACGGCAUGAUUCAUGGAUUGCGGAUUAAAGAUGGGAAAGCUACUUAUGUCUGUCGCUAUGUGAGGACAGCUCGUCUAAAACAAGAAGAGACUCUUGGCGGAGCUAAAUUUAUGAAGAUUGGAGAUCUGAAGGGACUAUUUGGAUUGCUUAUGCUCAAUAUGCAAAUGCUCAGACGAAAGUUGAACGUACUAGAUAUGUCGUAUGGAUAUGGAACAGCUAACACCGCGAUGAUUUAUCAUCAUGGCAAACUCCUGGCUCUUUCAGAAGUUGAUAAACCUUAUGCCAUUAAAGUGUUGGAAGAUGGAGAUCUGCAAACCCUCGGAUUGGUGGAUUACGACAAGAGGCUGACACACCCUUUCACUGCUCAUCCAAAGAUCGACCCAUAUACUGGUGAAAUGUUUACCUUUGGCUACGCGCACACACCUCCAUUCGUAACGUACAGAGUGAUUUCCAAGGACGGAUUUAUGAACGAUCCGGUGCCAAUCACACUAGCAGACCCUGUAAUGAUGCAUGACUUCGCCAUUACUGAAAACUACGCAAUUAUAAUGGACCUCCCCUUGUACUUUAGACCCAAGGAAAUGGUCAAAGAAAAUAAACUGAUAUUCACCUUCGAUGGAAGUAAAAAGGCCCGAUUUGGUGUCCUUCCGCGGUAUGCAAAAAAUGAGCUGCUGAUUAAAUGGUUUGAGCUCCCAAAUUGCUUCAUAUUUCACAAUGCCAAUGCUUGGGAGGAAGGAGAUGAAGUUGUUCUGAUCACCUGCCGCUCUGAGAAUCCAGACUUAAAUAUGGCUAAUGGAAAAGAGAAGCUCGAGAAAAUCAAAAAUGAACUGUUCGAGAUGAGAUUUAACAUGAAGAGUGGUCUAGCUUCACAGAAAAAGCUCUCAGCAUCUGCUGUCGAUUUUCCUAAAAUAAACGAGAGCUAUACUGGGAGGAAACAACGUUAUGUGUACGGAACUAUACUGGACAACAAUGGGAAGGUUACUGGGAUUGUCAAAUUUGAUUUGCACAUGGAACCAGAGAUGGGAAAGAAAGAGCUGGAAGUUGGAGGAAACGUACAAGGAAUCUUUGAUCUCGGAGUUGGGAGAUACGGUUCAGAGGCUAUCUUUGUCCCUCGCGAGCCAGGCACCACCUCUGAAGAAGAUGAUGGCUACUUGAUCCACUUCUUACAUGAUGAGAACACCGGAAAAUCAGCAGCAAAUAUAAUUGAUGCAAAAACAAUGUCACCUGAUCCUGUGGCAGUUGUUGAAUUACCACACAGAGUUCCAUAUGGGUUCCAUGCCCUUUUUGUUACAGAGGAACAACUUCAAGAACAAGCCAAACUGUAGAAUCACAAAAGCUCGAUGUUUGCAGCAAAUUGUUGCACACAAACGACAGACAGUAUGAGGCCUUUGUGACUUGUAUACUUCAUAGUAUAUAUUCUCAGUGUAAUAACUAUCAUGAGCAAUAUAGAAUAAAAUCAAAUUUGUUUUGUACCUAUCAAACAUACAAUAAUUACAUAUUGUAAAGGCACAAGGACUUCUGUAAUAUAUUUCACUAUGAUAAGUUAGUAAUUACCUCAGUUUUCUUCC